UCAAAACCGAAAUUCUUAUUUAUUAGUAUUAAUUAAAAUGAUCUUCCUAUAAUAAACAACUUGCUAAUUUUCACUUCAUUUUUUGUGAUUUAAUCUAAAGAAAGCUAAACAAGAAAUGGGCAGUCUCUUAAUACCAGAUUUUGUUCCUUCUCCAAUCCAAGAUGCUGAAACACUCAGAAAGUCCUUCAAACAACAUUUUCUCGGACUGGGAACUGAUGAGAAGGCGAUAAUAACGGUUUUAGGACAUAGAGAUGCAAGCCAGAGGAAGAAGAUUAAAGAAGCAUAUCAGCAGCUAUAUAACAAAUCUCUAAUGGAUGAUCUUCAUUCUGAAUUAUCUGGUGAUUUCAAGAAAGCAGUGAUCCUCUGGACAUAUGAUCCUCCUGAAAGGGAUGCGAGACUAGCGAAUGAGGUUUUACAGUCAUGGAUACAUGACGUUAACUGUUUACAAGUGAUAGUCGAGAUCGCCUGUGCAUCAACUCCUGAUCAUCUGGUUGCUGUGAGACAAACAUAUUGUGCUCUCUUUAGCUGUUCACUUGAAGAGGAUAUCAUAGCUCGUGUUUCUCUUCCUGUCCAAAAGGAUAUAACGAAUUGUGGCGAAGGUCUUUUGGAAUCUAUGUUGAAAGUGGUUAUCUGGUGCAUAAACUCCCCAGAGAAGCAUUUUGCUGAGGUCGUAAAGGUCUCCACUGAUGGACUAGGAACUAAUGAGGAUUCUCUGAGUAGAGCCAUUGUUACUAGAGCUGAAAUUGAUAUGAUCAAAGUGAAGGAAGAAUAUCUCAAAAUGAAGGAUACUGCUCUUGAAUAUGCAACAGCUAAUGAUACAUCAGGUUACUACAGGGAGUUUUUGAUGACCCUGCUUGGUGCCAAUAACAGUAGUUUGUAGUGUUUGUAUCUGCUUAUCGUUGGUGAUAUUGUCAUUUAACUUUGUUUGCUUUUAUUAGAUCCUUGUGGACCAGCCCUUCUCUUCGAGUUUUCUUUUUUUUGCUUUGAAGUUGAUGAUGAAUCAGUAGCGGUGAGGGUGAUCUUUGAUAUUAGUAUUUGUGUUACAUAUCAUUUAGAAGAAAGAAUGAUUGUUUACCUUAAUUAUGAUUUGACACUUUGUUUGAAUAAAUUGUUGGUUAUUGUGUUCAUAAAAAUAAAAUAUUAUUACAGAGUUUGAACAAAAAUUAUUAAAUUUUGGUGAACCAUCUCUGAUAAAUUGAUUCACUCCAAAGCAUGUUACAAAUUGUUCAUUCUACCACACUAUUAUAACAACUAAGAGUCAAUUAAAUUUAUGCCACAAGAACAUUUUGAAGUACAAAAAACGAAGUGUAACAUUGAUUA